UGUGAACGCCAACGACCACAAAAGUAAGAAACCGGCAAAAGUGGGUUCAUCAAAGACGACAACAACACCCAAAGAGUAUCCUUACCCUGGGGAGGGGAAAAUUUCUCUUUGGGAUAUACCGGGAAUUGGUUUAUCUGCUGCUCCUGAUGUCAAAACUUACUGCGACGAAUUUAAAAUUUUGCAGCACGAUGCAUUUGUAAUUAUGACUGCUAAGAGUCUAAGCCAGCUCAACAUUUCCUUAGCAGAGAAACUUGCAAAUAUCAAAAAACCAUUCCUCUUCGUCCGUGCCAGGAUUGAUGAAGACUUUGCGAACGAUAACAAAAAUACAAUAGUCAGCAGAGAUGAAUUCAGGAAGAAAAUAGAAACAGAAUUCAGAGAGGAGGUAGCACAAGUUGACAAAAUAAUUGGCCGAAAUCUAGACAUCUUCCUGAUAAACAAUGACAAUCCCAGUGAUUGGGAUUUCUCCAAGCUUGUCUUGGCUAUCGGCAAGCAAUUUUCACUUGAUCAACAGCAGUGCUUCCACUUCACUCAGCCAGCCAUAUCUAAAGAGAUUCUGAAAGAAAAAGUUAAAGAGCUCAAAG